AUGCGAUUACAUUUCCUCCUCUUGAGCCUUUUCGCCAGCCUCGAAGUCCUUGCUCUGGGCGUAGCUGCACCGUGGGAGAUGAUGUAUUUCUAUUCUGUUUACAAGGCAGAGUGGUUGGCAGCUUUCACCAAAUCCCAGAGACAGUUAGCUACCAAUUGCGUACGCAGUACCACACACCCUUUUCCAGCCAGCGAUUUCGACACUCAGGCUGCAUUGGCUGGCAACAUGUGGAACGUUGAUCAAUACUGGUCCACACUUAUGAAGAAGUUUGAAGAGUUCAAGAUACCAGGAGGAUAUGAAGACGAUCUGCAAAAGCUCCUGCCCAAGGCUGGCUUUGUCGGCCUCAAGGAAGAAUUCCCACCUGCCAUCAAGAUGGCCGCAGAUGCAUUGUACUCGGCUCGAGCAGCGGUAGCUGGUGCAACAGCAGUGGAGGCGCAAGCGGGUUACGCAAUGGAAUAUACCAGAAUAGCAAUGCAACUUCGAGUGGGAGAUGGCCUAUAUAUCCACACUGAACCCAAUCCCUUUACUCUCCAGCUCAAACCUACGACGGUCAUUCCCCCUCCAGCGGGUUAUCAGGCUCCUAGCAUUGCCUCUUACACCGGUGAACUCGAUUGGGACAAAACCAUCGAUUUGAAUCCAGAUGGAUCGAGAAACGGUGCGAAUGGGCCACAGAAAAAUGGUCUCAAGAGGUACUAUCAGAAGAAUUACGCGACCACAACAAGAUUGAAGAUCCACAAUGAUGUGAUUCAAGCUUUCCAGCAAGCUAGAAAUUAUAUCACGGAUAACAGACCUAAAUGCGCCUUGGCUGCAGCUGCGACGGUGGGGAAGAAGCGUGAUCUGCUUUAUUCGGAGCAAGAAGAAGACGGGACACCGGAAGCAACUGGAUCACAGAUUGGGAACAGGUAUUCGAGUCACCUUGUACCGAUGCCAGUCAAAUUCAAGCAGAUGAAUGUGGUUCUUGCAGAACAGCCAUCGAGUUCUCUCGUGAGGAUGGAUAUGGGCGCACUCAGCGCUUGA